GUCAAAUUUGGAAUGUCAACUCAUAAAUAGCAAUAUUUUCUAGCUGUUUUCUGAGAAAUAUCUAAAAAACAUAUAAUUUGUUAUAAAUUAUGAAUUUGAACUCGACAUGCCGUUGCUGCUUAGCACGGCCGCCGGAUAAGGACUUAAAGUCAAUUUAUACAUGCCUCGGGAAAACUGAAGUUUAUGGAGAUAUGCUAAAAGAAUGCUUCGAAGUCCAUCUAUCUAUAGAACUAUGUGAUUCUGAAAAUGGGAUAUGUGAAAUCUGCAUAGCGCGCCUGAGAGAUGCUUGUGAUUUCAAACACCAAGUUCUGCGUUGUCAGAAAGAAUUCCAAAUCAACCUCACCACAGCUAAAGAUGUUAAAGUUGAAGAUUUGCCUAAAAUCAAGGAGGAGUACUCGGACCCCGAUGAUAAUGAGAUAUAUUUUAUGGUUUAUGAUUUCAGAAUUGAAAGAUGACUUUGAGGAUAUGAAAGAGGAUGAUAAAUUAGCUGAAAUACUCCGCCUGGAUGAUGUUACAACCAAGAGGAAAGUUGAGAAAAAGAAAAAUGGUAAAAAACGAAAGAUCAUCAUAGAGAAGCCCACUAAAGAUCGUAAAUCAAAGAAACUGAAGCCGUCUAUCAAGCUCUCGCUCCGAACGCUCUCCCAAAUUGAGAGGUUAAACAAUUCGCCCUCGAUCCGUUUCGUGAGCGAGAACAAGAAACACAGUAUAAACAUGGAAAAUAUACUCAAAUACUCAAACUGUACACCGUUCUUCAAUAAAACACUAUCCGGUAUCAUUUGCGCGUAUUGCAAAGAAACUUGCCAGAAUCUAGAGGAACUUAAACAGCAUACGCAUGAAUUACAUAAAAAGGAUGAAUUUCAAUAUACGAAACGGUUGGAUAAGAGUAAUUUGUCACUAAAAAUGGACAUUACCGAUUUAAAAUGCAAUAUAUGCGAGAAUAAAUUUGAUGUUAUAUCGAAUUUGAAGAUUCAUCUCGCGAAGGAACACGACAUCAAGUUCUUUCCGGACGUCAACGACUAUAUCCUUGAAUUCAAGUUAACAGACGGUGAACUGCUGAACUGUGCGCUCUGCCAUUCCACAUUCGAGACAUUCAAGAUGCUGCUCCAACACAUGAACGGACAUUAUCGGAAUUACAUAUGCGACGUUUGCGAUAUGGGCUUCAUAAACAAGCACAGAUUAAAAAAUCACCAGAGGAUACACGAAAUUGGUACAUUCAAGUGCGAAUUUUGCGAAAAAGUGUUCACGACUCGCGUGAGAAAGAUGUGCCAUGAGAAGUAUACGCAUAAUAACGCAUCGAGAUACACGACGAACUGCCCGCACUGUGAUCAAUCUUUCAACAGCUACUAUCAAAGAAACAGACAUAUGUUCAAGGAGCAUAACAUAGCGGCAGCGACAUACAAAUGCAAUAUUUGCGACAAAUCGUUCAUUCUGAAAUCGAAACUGACGUCGCACAUAAAGAAAGUUCACCUAAUGGAACGCAACCAUAUAUGCACGGAGUGCGGGCAAGGGUUCUUCAUCAAGCAAUCCUUGGAUGAGCAUAUGGUGAAGCACAACGGUGAGAGGGUGUUCAAGUGUACGGUGUGUCACAAGGCGUACGCGAGGAAGAAGACGUUGAGGGAACACAUGCGCAUACACAAUAAUGAUAGGCGGUUUAAGUGCGGUGUGUGCAGCUUAGCGUUCGUUCAGAAGUGCAGUUUGAAAAGUCACAUGCUAUCGAAUCACGGUAUAACGUUAUCGGAGUUCGAAAACGCGAGAAGUGAAAUAUUAAUAUCGUAGGCAUUUGUGAUUUAAAGUGAGACUUUAUUCGAGAUUUUUGGUUUGGUUCAGAGUCUAUCUAGGCCUAACGUCUAGUUGCAAUAUUACGAUAUAUAUUUGCUUUGUAAUCGCUUUUUAUCCGUUUGGAUAAAAACGAGCUUUUUAACGACACCGGGCUGGUCCUAGUGUUGAGAUUAUUUAGUUUAUACAAACCCAAAAUCCAAGAUUCUAUAUUGGAAUAUGAGACCCUAUUAUAUUUUGACGAUAACUGCUAUAUAUUAUAUAUAUUCGGCCAAUAUAUAUCGGUCAGGCCAAUAAAAAGUUUUUGGUCUCAGUAGGAGCCUGGAGUCUGGAUGUUGCAAGUGUUUACACUCCCGUGCCUCGGAAAGCACGUAAAGCCGUUGGUCAUGCGCCUGAACUCUUUCCGGUCGUAUCGGAUUGCCGUCCCAUCGGUUUAUGAGAGUUAGGGGAUAGAGAGUGCACCUGUGUUUGUGCACUAUAAUAUCUCCUGCGCAGUUGGAUAAUCUCUCUUGAGAUUGGCCGCCGUGGCCGAAAUCGGUCUGGAGGAUAUUAUAUAUUACAAAAUGAAAUAAAUAUUUAAAUUGUGAUACAUCACUUAACUAGGAAAAAUUACAGUGUAGGAUGUAUGAAUUAUCUAAAGUUUACAAAAGCGCUUCGAGUUUUUAACGUACUUAAGUUGAUCGUGCUUCGUGUAGUCAAAUAUUGUGAGGAUGGAAGUGGCUAGGAGGUGGGGCUAUUCGGAAGAAACUGACUCAUCACAACCAGCUAUGUGGUGGUAUAAACUCCAAAAAUGUUUACAUUAACAGUAUGACUCUCCCCACCGGUGAGAUGUUCAUUGCACAUGAACCCUAUAAUAUUCUGAUAGUAACACUGUUGGUUAAUAUAUGUGUAAUGGAUAAUUCAAAAGAUAGUCUAGAAUGUUCUCUAUGACUUUGAUGCGUUUGCGCAUUCUUUUGAUCGGAUUUUGACUGAAGCAUCUGAUCUCAAAAACUGCCACUGCACGGUAAAUAUUGCACAAGUCGGUGCCGAAACACAAUUUCUCAUUCUCAUUAUUUUGUUGCUGUGCGCCGUAAUCCAAUGACUCAUCCCAAUGUUUUCGUUGGGUGAAUUUAGGAAUGUCAUUAUAGGCACUUUUUCUUCCAGUUUUCUAUCGCCUUUGUAACGUCUGUAAAUUGGACUAAAUUCGAUUUAAAGUUUGCGGACAAAGGCCUGAGGCGUAGAAAACAUUUUACUCGCGAGUAUGUUUUGCUCAAAAAGUAGCACACAUCGGAUUUUAAUAAAGAAUUUUACGUUGGUUAAAUUUACUAGAUUGGUCCAUUUAAAAAAUGAUAUUCAUAAUUUUAAGCCACCGCCCAUUUUUAUCGAUACAAAAUUCUAUUCCUAAAGUUGCCUGGAAGAAAUUAAUUGAAAUCCAAAUCGACAAACAAACUAACCGGAGAAGGUUAAUCCUAUAUAUUAUAACAAUGGUGGUGUGCAGUGCAAUGAGGAUGAGCUGAUCACAGUUAAGAAGGUUGACUGAAGGACAAUAUUGUGUUCAUGAUUAUUUCAAAAAAGAUAUUUUUAUCGAAAAUAACUUAUCAAUGUUUCUGAUUUUGUCAGUUCUCGUAUAGGAAAACUAAAAUUUUAUUCGUCUUAUAAAAGUUAAAAUAUAUACAAAUGACUAUAUAUUAAAUAUAUAUAUCCAAGUUGUGAUACUAAUCGCAGGUGACCUCAUCGCUAUCGAAUAACAACAAGUGAAAUAGGACACGCCCACUUGCAAUUGUCAAAAACAAUCCAAUCCCUUUUUUAUUUAUAAAUAAAAUACUCCUGUUGACAGUUGAUUUUAAUUACCAUAAUGUAUUUAUUUUUAGAUUCUCUAAUGCAAUUCUAAAAUGAAUUAACGAGUAAGUAUUAUUUUUAUGUUUAAGCAGAUUUCGACAACAGUUACGUCAAAACGCGUUACGGUUAUAUAUG